AUGUUUGAUAGAUUGAAAAAGAUCGUUCACAAUAAUUCCAAAGAUUCAAAUAAACAACAACCAUUGACCCCAACUGAAAGUACAGGUACUCAUGGUAAUGGUCUUCGUACUUGUGUUUACUAUUCUGAUUGGUCUAUUUAUGAAAGAAAACAUUUCCCAGAACAAAUCCCAUUAGAUCUUGUUACAAAUAUUUUUUAUGCUUUUUUCAAUAUUGAUCCAAAUUCAGGUGAAGUUAAAUUAAGUGAUCCUUGGGCUGAUACUGAUAUUGAAUUUCAAAGUCCUUAUGAUUCAAAUAAAAAAAUUAAUGGAUUAUUAGCAAGAUUUUAUGAAAUUAAACAACAUUCAAGACAUGUUAAAGUUUCAAUGUCAAUUGGUGGAUGGUCUUAUAGUGAUAAUUUCAAAAAAGGUACAGAUAGUGAAGCUAAAUUAUCAAAAUUUGUUGAUUCUGCAUUGAAAUCUAUGAUUGAAUAUGGAUUUGAUGGUAUUGAUUUAGAUUGGGAAUAUCCAGAAAAUAGAAUUGAAGCUGCUCAAUAUUUACAAAUUAUGAAGAAAUUAAGAGAAGGAAUGAGAAAUUUAGAAACUGAACAUGGUUUAUCAAAAGAUUCAUUUUUGUUAACAAUCGCUUCACCAGCAUUUGCAGAAAAAUUAGAUAUUUUCAAUGUUGAAGAAAUGGAUAAAUUUUUAUCAUUUUGGAAUUUAAUGACUUAUGAUUUUGCAGGUUCUUGGUCAGAUAAAACAGGCUAUCAUUGUAAUUUAUACAAAAAAUCCCAAGAUGAAUUAUGUGCUGAUGAUUCAAUUAAAUAUUUCUUAUCAAAGGGUAUUUCAUCAUCAAAAUUAGUUUUAGGUAUGGCUAAUUAUGGACGUUCAUUUACAAACACUGAUGGUUUUGGUAAACCUUUCCAAGGUGUUGGUCCAGGGUCUGAUGGUGAACAAGGUUUUUGGUUUUAUAAUAAAUUACCAAUGUCUGGAUCAAAUGAAGAAUAUGAUUCAAAAGCUGUUAUUGGGUUUAAUUAUAACAAAGAUACAAAGACUUUUGUUUCAUAUGAUACUGUUGAUUCUGUUUCAACAAAAGCUCAAUAUGUUAUUGAUAAUAAAUUAGGUGGUGGUAUGUGGUGGGAAUCAUGUGGUGAUAAAUAUGAUGAUCCUGAUAGAUCAUUGAUUAAUAGUUUUGUUAAAAAGAUUGGAAAUGAUCAAUUAGAUUCUUCAUCUAAUGUUAUUGAUUGUUAUGACUCAAGUGAAUAUUUAAAGAAAAACUUUGGUGAUAUUUGA